AUGAUUUACCCCAAGACUAUCUUUCAGAGUAUCAUUGCGCUUUCAACUGUAGCUGCAUCCACCAAAGUUGAUGUAGUGCGUCAGAAUAACCCAACUCACGGAGUCAAACAUGACAAGGGCGGACGUUACAUUGACACGACUGACUCGUACGGAACCACCACGACCAGUGUGCUAUCCUCGACUGCGUACGCUGCGAAAAAUCAGACGGAUAAUAAGUUGCGCAAAGUUACAUCUCCAGACAGCGUAGGUGUCAAGUUUUCUUACGCUAGUCCAACAAACGCAAACAAUAUUGGACACAUUGCGACAGUAGGUCAUUCUUUGUCGCCAAGGACUCUUGACCACGUAGAUGGCAAGAAGGGUGCUCAGAAAGACGUGAAUCUGGCACCUGGUGUCUCCAAGAGUAAUGUCAAGAAAGGCGACAAUAAUACCAUGGGUGUUAAAAGUAAAUACAGCGUGAAGCCAUAUAGCGGUACUUACACGAGUGACGACAAGAAGUCCGUCGGCAAUAGCGACUCGAACGGCAGCGUUGAUGGCGAUUCAAAGGAUAACGACAGUAGAUACGAGACCAACGAGAAUAGCCCUUGCCCAGUCUCGAACGCAUCGGAAACUACGCCGAUCCCGACGACACGUGCCCCACCCACUUACGCCCCAACACGUGCCCCACCCACUUCAGCCCCAACACGUGAACCUCCAACGCGUGCACCACCAACACGCGCGCCAAUCACUUCGGCUCCAACACGUACACCAUCUACUUCAGCCCCAACACGUGCACCGACCGCAUCGGUUCCGAAGACGCCUUCACCGGUGUAUUCACCCGUAACAUCGGCGCCAGGCACUUCAGUUCCAACACGCGCUCCGACCACUCCAGCUCCAACACGUACCCCGAUCACUUCAGCUCCAACAAGUACGCCGACUACUGUAGCCCCGUCGACACCAGCUCCGACUGCUGUAGACCCAUUGACCCUUGACCCAAACAGUGAAGAACUGACGACGUCUACGCCAACUGACGUCACCCGCAACAACAGAUGCGCCGGACACUGUAGCCCCGUUGACUCCUGCUCCUACGACUUCGCAUCCGACACCGGUGCCGACGACUUCAGCUCCGACCGAUGCGCCGAUUACUGUAGCCCCGUCGACACCGGCUCCGACUGCUGUAGACCCAUUGACCCUUGCGCCAAACAGUGA